AUGCCUGCUUUCACGCUUCCCAACAUAAUACUCACUCUCAAGGAACUUCUUAUAGUUUGGCUCAAUCAAAUCAUCUACCACAAUUCGAUAUACGAACCAGAAAUUUUUAAUAAACGUCUAGCAUUUGAUCUAAUAGUAUAUGUGUCGAGGAAUCCGGCUUUAAAUGAAUAUUUGGAAAAGUUGGUUGACCAGUUUUUAGAAAUCUUACUUACGGGAGCAAAUUGCGGAGAAGGGGGCAAAGUAAAUCAGUUGAUGGUGAUGUUGUACGAUGCUAAGACUAAUAGAGAUAAGGAGAGGUACACAAUGAAAUUUAACCAGUUCAUAAAUUUAAAGCCGGCUAUACCGACAAGGGAUAAUUUUAAAUUGGCAGAGUUCCUUGCAUCAAGGGAUCAGCUGACUGUAAUAGAAAUCCCUAACUUCACCUGGGAGGAAGUCUAUUCACAGUUUAAGUAUUUGCUAUUCCAACAGCAAAACGAGUUGGAGAGAAAGAAAUUGAAAAGGAAGAAGGAAAUUCCCAUCGAGCAGGACCUAUUUUUCAAGAUUUUGAUGGAUGUGGAUGAGAGCUUGCCGCUAGAUUCUAAAAAGGAAUGGGUGAAACUAAACUCAAGCGGUGCUGGAGAAGGGAAUUCCAAGCUAAGGUUUGUACCAGUGGCGGAAGUUGAUACAGGCUUUCUAUCAUUUGGACUACAAAACGAAUAUGUCAGGAACUGA